AUGGCUGUAGUAUUAGGUAACAAAGCUCCAUUCCUAGACCUCGUAACCUCGCCUCCUUGUACCAUCAUCCCCGACUGGAGCAAAAUCCGGCCGCUCCCCUCAGACGUCGUUCUGCACCUCGUCAAAAAAGACCACCAGAACUUCAAUUUCGAUUCGUUGUUAUUCGAGAACAAAGAGAGAAACUUGAAUAUUAGUGGGAAAUCGAAUCGGUCGAAGGUGAAUGAAGUGGAGUACGAGAAUUCUAGUGACGACGAAAAUGGAAAUGGAAAUGAAUUUGAGGAGGAAAUAGGGGAAGAUGAGGGGUUUGAUUGGGAGAAGGAGAUGAGGAAGAGAGUUAAGGAAAUUGAAGAAAUGAGGGAAUUGGAAAAGAAAGCUGAAGAACUGCAGUAUAAAGUUGAUCAAGAGUUUGAUAACAACAGCGAGGAUGGUCCGGGUGAUAUUAGAGAAGAAACUGAAGAAGAGAAGCGGAUGAGAGUUCGAAAAGAACUUGAAAAGGUAGCAAAGGAACAAGCAGAGCGAAGGAAAACAGCUCAGUUAAUGUUUGAAUUGGGUCAGAGGGCUUAUGGAAAGGGUAUGUAUGGUCGAGCAAUUGAAUUUCUUGAAGGUGCGCUGACAAUCAUACCCCGGCCCACUUUGUUUGGCGGUGAGAUACAAAUAUGGCUUGCUAUGGCUUAUGAAGCAAAUAAUCGCCAUGCAGAUUGCAUUGCUCUUUAUCAGCAGUUGGAAAAGAAACACCCGAGUGUCAGUAUUCGACGACAAGCUGCAGACUUGCGCUACAUAUUGCAAGCACCUAAACUCAAGAUAUCACAGGAAGAAAUGGUCACCAUCCCAUUGAUAGGUUCAAGCUAUGACAGUUAUGCAGCAACAUGGACUGACAAGAACAAGGACAGAGACGAAAUGAGAAGUGGUUCCACGACUAACCAGCUUCCGUCGACCCGAGACUAUUUGGCAGACUUUCUGGUUUGGAAACCGCCGAUCGGUUUUGAGAAUACCCAAGCAUUCUGGCGACUGUAUAUAAGAUCUGAGAAAAAGCAGACAACAAUUUCUAAUAUGCGGCUAACACUGGGAUUUGAAUCAGAGAAGAUUUACUUCUCCGAGUUGUAUUUGAAAAUUGGUUCUCUAGAUGAUAGUGUGAAAAUAGGACGUUAUGCAGCAACAUGGACAGACAAGAACAAGGACAGAGACGAAAUGAGAAGUGGUUCCACGACUAACCAGCUUCCGUCGACCCGAGACUAUUUGGCAGACUUUCUGGUUUGGAAACCGCCGAUCGAUUUUGAGAAUACCCAAGCAUUCUGGGUAGCAUUAACUCUGUGGAUUGGUUUGGUUGGAGCUGCACUCUUUUUACAAAGUUGA